AUGGCUUCCUGCCAUGCCUGUCACGUCAGAGUGCUGGUGGCCGUUGUGUGUGGGCUGCUGACAGCUCUCGUUGUGGGUCUGGGCAUCUGGAGGCUUGUGAUCAGGAGCCAGAGAGGAACAUUUUCUCCCACAUCAAACAUGUCAAAGUUCUGCAGGAAUGGUGGAACCUGGGAAAAUGGCAGAUGUAUUUGCACAGAAGAAUGGAAAGGACUGAGAUGCACAGAGGCUAAUUUCUGUGAAAGUAGUACCUAUCUGGAUUAUACUUUUGGCAGAAUUCCAGUGGGCAGAUAUGGACCUUCCUUGCAGACAUGCGGUGAGGAUACUCCAAAUGUGGGCAAUCCAAUGGCAGUCCGGCUAUGCAAUCUGUCUUCUUCUGGAGAGAUACAGUUACAAGAUGUGAGAGAAAGUCGUUGCAACGAAACUCUGAAAGACCUGGAAAAUCAGCUGGAGAGUGACUCAGCAAGACUUGAUAGUAUUUCUAAUGAAACCCAGAUUUUAACAUCUGAUGCUAAUAAAUUGACUGCUGAGAACAUCACUUCUGCUGCAACAGUGAUUGGACAGAUCUUCAACACAUCUAGAAAUGCUUCAUCUGAGGCAAAAAAAGUUGCUAUAACAACAGUGAGUCAACUUCUAGAUGCCAGUGAAGAUGUUUUUCAAGAAGCUGCUGCUAAUACUGAUAAUGAUGCCUUUACAACGCUUAUUGAGCAAAUGGAGAAUUUUUCCUUGUCCUUGGGCAAUGAGAAAGUGGUGCAACCUAACAUAGCAGUCCAGUCAGCUAGUUUUUCUUCAGAAGGUACUGUGGUGCCUGAAAAUAUUCUCUUCUCUGUGAAGAAAGGAUUUAGCAAUUCUCUACUUCCUGAAUCAACAUAUAUACAAAUAAACAGGGACGGCCUUGAUCCAGAUGCACAGACUGAACUUCAGAUCUUGCUUAAUACCGCAAAACAUAAAAUCACGGCAUGUGGCUUUGUAGUGUAUCAAAACAACAAGCUUUUCCAAUCAAAAACUUUUACAGCUAAAUCAGAUUUUAGUCAAAAAAUUAUCUCAAGCAAAACUGAUGAAAAUAAGCAAAAUCAGCGUGUUAAUGUUGCAAUGGUCUUUAGUCCAGAGUACAACCAAGAAAAAUUCCAACUCCAUUCUUAUGCCUGUGUGUAUUGGAAUUUAUCAACAAAGGAUUGGGACACAUAUGGCUGUCACAAAGACAAGGGGGCUAAUGGAUUUCUGGGCUGCCGCUGCAACCACACUACUAAUUUUGCUGUGUUAAUGGCUUUCAAAAAGAAUUAUCAGUAUCCUAAAUCACUUGAUUACUUAUCCGUCAUUGGAUGUACACUGUCUAUUACUGGUCUGGCACUCACAAUUAUAUUUCAGAUUGUCACCAGGAAAGUCAGGAAAACCUCAGUGACCUGGGUAUUGGUCAGUCUGUGCACAUCCAUAUUGAUUUUCAACCUUCUCUUUCUGUUUGGAAUUGAAAACUCCAACAAGAACUUGGAGACAAGUGAUGAUGACAAGAAUAUUGACUUUAACAAUAAUGAGAUGCCUGAAAGUGACAUUCAGAACCACCCGAAUCCCACAUGCACUGCGGUUGCUGCCUUACUGCACUAUUUUCUGUUAGUGACAUUUACCUGGAAUGGACUUAGUGCUGCUCAACUCUACUUCCUUCUAAUCAGGACCAUGAAGCCUCUUCCCCAACAUUUUAUUCUUUUCAUCUCACUAAUUGGAUGGGGAGUCCCAGCUAUUGUUGUGGCUAUGACAGUGGGAAUUAUUUAUUCUCAGAACAGGAGUGGUUCACAAUGGGAGCUAGACUAUCGACAAGAGGAAUUCUGCUGGCUGGCAACUCCAGAAGAAAAUAAUUAUACAAAAAGUCCAUUGUUGUGGUCAUUCAUCAUACCUGUAGCCAUUAUCCUCAUCAGCAAUUUUGCUAUAUUUAUUAAAAUCACAAUCAAAGUGCUGUGGAAGAGUAACCAGAAUCUGACAAGCACAAGAAAUGUUUCAUUCCUAAAGAAGAUUUUUAGCACAUUUUCUGUGGCAGUUGUUUUUGGAAUUACCUGGAUUCUGGCAUUCUUAAUGCUAAUUGAUAAUGAUAACAUCAGGAUCAUCUUCAGCUACAUGUUCUGUCUUUUCAACACUACUCAGGGAUUGCAAAUUUUUAUCUUCUACACUAUUAGAACAAAAAUCUUCCAGAGUGAAGCUUCCAAAGUGUUAAGGUCAUUGUCGUCGUCUGUUGGGAGAAUGAAGUCACUGCCUUCAGUGACCCCACUGAGGCUGCGUGUGAGGAUGUAUAAUAUGCUCAGUUCAAUUCCAGCCCUAUAUGGACGCUUUAGGCUACUGGAACCCUCUGUAAUGACUGAGGAGAUGACAGUGUAUGAAGGUGACCAAGCAAAUGAAAGCAUAUAG